AUAAGAGGAAUUUAGAAGGAUGCCACUUUUUGGAAACACAUUCAGUCCAAAGAAAACCCCACCCAGAAAAUCAGCCUCACUUUCCAACCUCCAUUCGCUGGACAGAUCUACCCGUGAAAUUGAGUUGGGCUUAGAAUAUGGAACUCCUGUUAUGACACUCACUGGACAGAGUCUGAAGUUUGAGAAUGGCCAGUGGAUAACUGAAUCAUUUGGAAGCAAUGGGGAUCGCAGGGAGACACAGCGUCUUCGCAAACGGAAUCAGCAACUAGAAGAAGAGAACAAUCUUCUUCGGCUGAAAGUGGAUCUUUUGUUGGAUAUGCUCUCUGAGACAACUGCUGAAUCCCACCUCAUGGAGAAGGAAUUAGAAGAACUGAAAAAUUACAGCCGAAGGAGAAAGUGAAUUAUAAAUUGGCAAUCACUAAGAGACAGAGGGAGGAAAUAACGGGCAAAUACGAUUUAAAGCAAUGAUAUUCAUCACUUGUAAAGUCACAUCUGCCUUGGAAGAUUUUGCUAUUCUGGACUCUUUAUAGUCAGGGCAACUAAGAUAUAGUAAGUUCCAGUGCUGUGAGGAAGCUAGUAUCUACUUUUUUUCUUUGUGAAACUUCUAUCCAAGUGCUCUUAAUAUUCAUUAUAUUAUUAACAGAUGAUUAAGUAUAGAUAACAUGUAUGUCACCAUCCCAAGAAGAUAGCAACCAUUCUGAAAGAUCAGGUGAGAAGAUAUGAACAUUCCUUGCAAUAUAUCUCAGGAUAUUUACUGAUAAUGAAAUGUCAAUUUAUUAAGCUAGAAUAUUUAUAUAUGCGGCAUGCACUCAGUUUCUUCAGCUUAUGUGAAUUAUAAAACAAGCUAGAAAGCUGAAUUUACUCAUAAUUCAUAAGACUGAAAACAUGGUAAGUUGCUUCUAAACAAGGCAGAACUGAAAGUCAACUUUAGAUUAUAAAUGCUGUCUUAAUGAAAGGGAUUGUGUGUGAACUACCAUAGCAACGUAGCCUCUUUUUGCUUCAUACAAAUAGAGGAACUGGUUGCCUGGACUCAUGUUGGGUCUAAAAUAAGCCAUUGUCUUUCUUUAAUCUACUUUAGGUUCAUUAUCCAUGUAUGCCUUGGCAUCUAGGAGUCUAAUGUUUAGAUUGCAGAAUACCUCUGGAUUGUAGUUUCUGCCAAUGAUUUGGUAUAUGGCAGACAAAAUAGAUAGCACACCAUAUCUUUUCAUGUAGUUCCUGUGUUACAGGAGGUAUCACAAAUACCUCUGCACUUUCCCUGAACAUAUAUACAAAGCCACCAGUGAGAUAAUGUUUAAAUCUAUGACAUCAGAAAAAGGACACAUCUUGAACCUUAAAAGCUAAAAAAUUUGUUGUGGCAUCUGUUUUAAUAGAUUAGUCACUUGCUCACAGAUAGUUAAAUGACAUAACACAUUCAUCUCAAAAAUGGCCUAUUUAUUCUAUAAUUCAUCAAAAUUAGUUAAGGUUGCCUUAUAACUACAAUAAUUUACCUGUAAAUUGCAAGAACAACUUUUUAUAUAUAUCUUCGAUUUUCUUCGAUCUUCACACAGAAUAGUCAAUUCUUAUUUUUGAUUCUUAAUUCAUCACAUAAAUACUUUUUAAAAUUAUUUUUAUUUUUUAAUUAACAAAGAACAAAAAUGAUAGUGAUAUAUACAUCUUCAAAAAGAAAAAAAAUCACAAAAUGCCGUAACAAAAAAUUACAACAAAUGUCAUACAAUCAUAUACUUGUCUAAUACAAAUAUUUAAGAUGUAUAUAUUUCUGAUAAAAUUUAUAUGACUUUUAACCAACUGUAUUCUGUAUAAAUGAGUCCCAAUG